AUGACGUGGGUGAGCAGAGCCGGCGGCGGUCCGAAAGGGGGCGGCGUUUCCUCCAUCUUCCUCCUGAUCCUCGGUCUGGUUUUCGCUUUCGGCACCUACAACCUCGUAUCCGUCGUCAUCCGCUACCAGAUGGAUCGGGCGGUCGAAUCCUCGGCGGACCUGCUGGUAGAUCCCGUCGUCCGAAUGCCCAGGGACCGGCGGGGUGCGGCGUCCGCCAGGAAGCUUUUCCAUGUGGCGCUGACGGCAACCGAUGCGCCGUACAGCCGGUGGCAGUGCCGAAUCAUGUAUUACUGGUACAAGAAGGUGAAGGCCAUGGAGGGAUCUGAUAUGGGGGGUUUCACCAGGAUCCUCCACUCGGGCUACAGCGACAACCUGAUGGACGAGAUCCCCACCGUGGUCGUUCAGCCCCUGCCGCCGGGUCUCGAUCGGGUGAGCUUGAUUUCCAUGGGAUCUUCUGUUGUUCUCGGCCGGGAUCCCGCUUCUGUCCUCCAAUUCUGACCAGUCUCCUCGCAAUUCUUCGUGCGAAGGGCUAUAUUGUGCUCAACAGGCCGUGGGCGUUCGUGCAGUGGCUGGAGAACGCUACUAUUGAGGAGGAGUGAGUUAUCGGCGCCAUAGAUUUCUCUUCCUUCCUUUCUUCCUUCUUCUUCUUCUGGCAGAACGCCGAAGAGCUUGCCUGCGCGUUAUACUGGUGUGAACCCUCUGCUGUAGCUAUAUUCUGAUGUCGGAGCCGGACCAUGUCUUCGUGAACCCUCUGCCGAACCUGGCCGCCGGCGGAUACCCAGCUGCCUUCCCCUUCUUCUACAUCAAGCCCACCGAGCAUGAGGAGAUCAUUCGAAAGUAUUAUCCAGUGGAGAGAGGCCCCGUGACAAAUGUCGACCCCAUCGGCAACUCUCCGGUGAUCAUUCACAAGGUGAGAUCUCAUCUCCCAUCCAUCGCUUCCAGAACUGAGCACGUCGUCGCUGAGAUCCUCUGCAACUUAUUCUUCCGUUGACCAGCUGUUAUCUUGAUGAACUUGUGUAUAGCAACCCCAUUAACGCGGGCUCUUCCCCCGUUGACCAAAAUUUUCUCGCCAGGCCCAGCUGGAGAAGAUCGCGCCCACCUGGAUGAAUGUCUCGCUGAAGAUGAAGAGUGACCCAGAGACCGACAAGGCCUUCGGAUGGGUUCUGGAAAUGUGAGGCCUCUUUUGAAACCCUGUUUCCUAUACUUAAACGUUUCCAUCUGUCGCCUCCUCUGCAGCUCUUCUCUUCUUGGUAUGUCAAAGGUACGCAUAUGCUGUUGCAAGUGCGUUGCAUGGCGUUCAGCACAUUCUUCGCAAAGACUUUAUGAUUCAGGUACACAUGUAGCUUCUCCGAUCCUCACAGCGCGCAUGUGCACGACAAAAAAUCCGAUCUUUUUAUCAAGUGAUUCUGAAAUUUGGCCUUCAGCCCCCAUGGGAUCUGGAGGUUGGGAAAUCGUUCAUCAUUCACUACACAUAUGGCUGCGACUAUAACAUGAAGGUACUCACUUUCCCCUUGCUGUAGCCUGCUAAAUUUCAGCAUCUGAUCAUCUGGUUACUCGUUGUGGGAAUCAUGCCAGGGUGAGUUGACUUAUGGCAAGAUCGGAGAGUGGCGAUUUGAUAAGAGGUCACAUCUCCAGGGUCCUCCUCCAAGAAACAUUUCUUUGCCCCCGCCUGGCGUCCCAGAAAGUGUGGUACGUUCACCUGCCCAUGUGUUUGGAAUUUUUCAUCUGCUUUGAUCUCCCAACAUCUGGGAAUUUCUGAUUCUGGGAAUACCCUGUUGGGCGCACAAAGUCCUGUGUGAUUCUGUAGGAAGCUGAAACUUACUCUGAUGAUUGCAUCACCACACCAUGGGUCUCCCUUUUCCCCUUCUCUCCUUGUUUUCCUUGUCCUGAGGAUGACAUGUUUCUGGUUUGGAUGGAAAAGUUGCAUGUUGGUGAGCGUUUCUGAUGGGAAAUGUGACCAUCCUUGGGAGACCCAGAGGCAUCUGAGUUUCAUGGAGCUGAAAAUCCCCAGUAACUUGCAUAAGCCUGUAGUAUUCUGAGCUCUAAUCUGGGUUCUGUGAGUAUUGUGCUUGUGAUCAUAGAUGCCGAUCUUGAAAUGUCUUCUGGCAUUUGUCGAUGAUCUAGUGAAUAUUGUCACCCAGGAAUGAAGGGGCUGAAGCAGUUAGAUAUUGACGGAGUUCUUCUUUGAUCAUGAUGAUUUCUUGUACGGCCUGUUGUUGCAGAGAGUUUUUCAUUCACUAGCUUCUAGUGUUCAGCUCUGAUUCUUCCGACGUCUGGGUGACUGGGGGUUUCCAUGCACAUCUCCCAUACAUUUUCUUCACUGUUUCAAUUGAGCUGAUGGUGUUCUUCUCCCGAUUGAAGUGAAGUUCAUUGUUUUAUUUUUUUAUUUUUUAAUACAAAAUAAGAAAGAAAUAAUAUUUGUGUGCCUUGGAUCCUCCUUCCUGGAAAUGGUCUGCAGUAUAUUUUUUUAAUAUAUUCUGGCGCAAGGUUUUUACGCUCAGAUAGUAGCAGGUAAUAUGUUCACCGUUUCUUGGUCAACGUUCCCUUUUUGGUUUACUGCCAGCUUCUGAACUUUCAAUUGAACAAGUACCUGGUGGAACUCUUUGAUCCGAGUUGACCGGAGCGAGUUGAGUGGAUUGCGGAGGGUUUGGCUGCUGGUGGGUUGAACGGGUUCAGUCAACUGGCGGCGUCAAUGGUUGGUGUGGUCAAACUCUGAUCCAUGGAUCAGUGGCUAACCCUCCAAAAUCUGCCGCUGACCCAACCAUUGCCCACUGCUGACCUGAUUCUCUCAUACAUUUGUAGCCUUUGUGAAUCGUUCAGUGGGAACUCCAUGGUGUAGCGCCUUGGCACAAAAUCUUGGGUUCCUUAUGGAAUCUCUGGAAUUUUUCUGCACCAUGAAGAGGGAUUAUCUGAUUAUGGAGAUGGGAAUCCAUGGGAGCACUCGCUGUCUGAUUUAUUUAUUUGUUCAUAGGACAACUGGUUUUGAGCUGAAUCAUGCCAUUUGUCCCGAUAAUACCUCCGAAUAGACAUGCUGACAGUGGAUGGGACAAAUGUCUGCUCGAUUUGGUAAGCAAGAAGUCCAGUCUUCGCAGAUUGAAAUAGGCGACGGUCAAUCAAGCGUUGUUUCCAUUCUUGGUCUCAUGAGAACCACGGUCAAAGUCAACGAAUCAUUCUCUCCUUCACCUUAGUGGAGCACUCGGUUCAGCAGGACAUCUUGAUGGAAAAUAAAUACCCGAAAAUUUGCAAAGGAGUUUGGAGAACAUUUCGGCCACAGCUUUAUUAACUGCACAGUAAUAGACACACACUCCUAGGCUGCACUGGUUCUAGGCUUCAUUGGGAUUCUGCAGAAUGGAGAUGGGAGUUUGUGAUCAUUCGUAUCAGCUGAUGAAGGCCUCCACUUUUUCACGAUAUUGGCUUGCUUUCCCUUAGUUUCCUGCAACGGCUUGCUGUGAUCCUUUCAUUCUCUAGAAAUUUGAGCUCCAGAGAUAAUAUUGGCUGCUGUCUCCAGUCAUCCUCUUUUCCUCGGCAUCCACUGCUUCGGUUUUCAUCUCUCUCUCUAAUGUGAUGACCCUUGGUGCAGGUCACACUGGUGAAGAAGGUGAAUGAGGCCACUGCUAACAUUCCAGGAUGGGACAAUGGAAGAUGA